CCUUCCCUUCAAAACCAUUUUCAUGGCGGAGAAGCACAUCUGCAAACCCAAACCCUAAAAAAACUCGAAAAAUGGAGGAAUCGAAGCAACAACACCAACUCUUGCUCCAAAUGCAGCACCAACAACAGAUGCAACAGCGUCAGCAACAGCUCUUUAUGAUGCAGCAUCUCCAGAGACAUCAGCAGCAACAGGCGGCCAUGUCGAGGUUCCCCAACGCCCAUCUCGCUCCUCCGCCGGGUUUAAUCCAGACCCGACCCGUUAACCCGUCUUUUCAUAACCCUAACGUUCAGCAGCAACAACAGAGACCGAUGGUGAUGGUGAUGCCACAUCAGCAGCAACAACAAGAGAAGAAACAGAUGCGUCCUUUGAAUCAAAUGGAGUUACAGUUCGCUUACCAAGACGCGUGGCGUGUCUGCCAUCCUGAUUACAAGCGACCUUUCGCUUCUCUCGAAGACGCUUGCGAAAGGUUGUUACCUUAUCACGUGGUAGCAGACUACGAAGCAGAAGAAGACGACAUGAUCCUUCAUUCAGACACAACGGUGUCACGCAGUCAGCAAUGGGACGACAACAUUGCAGCCAAAGUAGGCGAAUUCACGGUGACGUUUGAGAAACAAGUCCAAGCGUUCAACGCUAUAACUCAAAAGAGGAAGGAUGGUGAGUUAAGGUCCGAGGAGAGGUUGAUUGUCGAGCAGCUUUUGCUCAUGGAGGAGAGGAAAGCAUGUAGUGAGGUGGAUAGAGAGAUGAAGGCUCAUGAGGCGAGGUUGAGGAUGGCGGCUAUGGCUCAAGCGGGACAAGGGAUGGGUUAUAACCCGUUGAGAGGUAAUGCGUUUGGGAACUAUGGAGAACAGCAACAGCAACAGGGACGGUACAUGGACCCUGAUGAGAUGAUGAUGAGGAUGCGUGGUUGGGUGAAUAAUAAUAAUAAUAAUAAUAAUAGUAUUAAUAGUCAGAGAGAAGAGAAGGAGCCUGAAGAAGACUUCUUGAAUGAUGAAGAAACUGGUCAACAUGGGAACUGGAGAGGGAAUGGUGAAUUUGAUUUGAAUACUCGGUAAAAAAAAUGGAACAAAGAGGUUAAACUUUUUUUUUUUGGGUGAUUCAGAUACUUUGGAUUUUGAUGAUUGUGUAGACUUGUAGUUAACACUUGAAAGGAUAGUGAGGGAUAAGGUGUUUCUUCUUCUCAGACUUUGGUUGAUAAUAGUUUACAGUGAAAGAAAAUGACUCUAAUGAAGUAACUUGAACU